AUGGACUCCGUCAUGCACAUCCAGGGCAGUCCCGACUCGCCGCUGACGCCGCUGAUUCUCGUUCACGCCAUCUCCGGCCUUGCGCUACCCUAUUUCGCCCUCGGGCCUCUAUCGUAUCCCGGCGAAGACCAAAAUCCGCAAGAAGGCCGACCGGUAUACGGGAUCUCCGCUCCCAUCUACGAGCAUGGAUCGCCAUUUGCCGCGCCCGGCAGCCUAUUCGAAGUGGCCGCGCUCUACGUAUCAAUCCUUCGUCGCGAUAUCCAACCCAAGGGGCCGUAUCUACUCGGCGGGUGGUCCAUGGGGGGAAUGAUUGCCGUGGAGAUGGCCGCCAUUCUGACCGCAGAAGGCGAGACGGUGCCACAUGUUCUGCUGAUCGAUUCGUUGAAUCCCUCGCUAUACCCGCCAUUUCAAGACACGCGCGAGCAUCACGUCGUGGCCACUAUCACCUACAAUGCCAUCGCCCGCCGCCUGAAUGCCCCCGAGGAGUCCGCCAGUGCACCGCUGCGCGACGAGGAUGGCAGCAGCAGCAGUGAUACGAGCCGAGAAAGCUCAGACGGGGAAGUUGAUAGCGACGACGACGAAGACGGGGACAACUCGAUGGUAAAAUUCUACGGUCGAUUGCGCCAGCACAUCCAUCACGGCCUCCGGAUGUUGUCCUCGUAUCGGUCCACACAUCCCGGCAGCCAGCGUCCUCUGCUGCCGAACACGAGCGCAACGCUGAUCAAAUGCGACACGCUAGGAACCCUGUCCCCCUUGCUACGGGAGAAGCGGCGCGAAUUCGCCCGGAAAAUUAACGGAAAUGCGACGAACGGAUGGUCAGCCCAGCAGUUCAAGAGCUUUGCCACCGUGCCCUUUCGCGCGAUGCACGACGGUUGUUUUGACGAGGGGUUUGCCGAUGAGCUGACGCUGAUCCUCAGGAAUGUCUUGGGUCGUAUAGAAUGA